GAUUGUGGAAUGCAGACAUUGUGUCGUCAUCAUCAUGUGAUCACUCACGUGAUUAGCAUCUGAAUGUAAGAUGUCCGCACGUCGAGCUGCCGAGUCUACGAUUCUAGCAGUUUUCAUUUUGCUAUCUUGGGGGCCCUUUACGGAGAUGAGUAAUGCCCAGAUAGAUGAUUCUUUUGUGAGUAUUUCCUCCUUGAAUUUAGCAGCAGAGCGCGGGCUGCAGUUUCCUGGAAUGUUUAUCAUUAUUGUUUUCUUGGUCGUGGUGCUGACACUAUCACUGCUAGCUACGUCAGUGACAAUGUGGAAUAUGGACCCUGGAAAGGAUAGCAUAGUGUACCGAAUGACAGAAAUGCCAAGGAUGAAGUUGGAAUAAGCAUAGCUGAGUGGUUGACAGUUUACAUGUAUCAUGAUGUAAUAGGGUAUGUUAGUAUACAACGUUGGAUUAUUUUGAUGAUUAAGUGUGAGUACACAGGAAA